AUGAGGCUUUUGGAAGAAGCCUAUGUCAUGAAGGAUCCUUUCACCCCUGACAAGGACAAGUUUCUCAUCAUUAGGUCUCAUUGCAGUUUGUGUAGCAGAGCAGUGUGUGUUGGUACAUACUGUAGUCUGUUCUACUCCAAAAGUUUCUCCCUCCCCUGUGUGAAGGAAAGCCUAAAGGCCUUUCCUUUGGAAAUACAAGAAGACAUGGAUAAAAGGAAGCCCCAGCAGAAAUCCUGCAAAAAAAAAAACGGAUACAAAGCAUAAAUCUUGAAGGUCCAAGAGCGACAGUUCUUUGGCUGGGGUUUCUCCUCUCUCUGCUUGGAGACUAUCAUGUUGCUCCUUUUAAAGAAGUGACCUUCAUCAGCUCACUACUACCGGAGAGAGCAGCACAUUUCCUUGCCCUGGCUGGGGUUCAGACAUCCCCGUGCAGCGCCCGCCGCGCCAGGGAGCAGCUCCGAGCUGCUGAGGAGCCAGAAGAGAAGGCAGACGAGCCUGCUGUCACCAUGUGGAAUGCUUGCAGUAAGAAACCAAACAGCACAGAGCUAGGAACCGUGUCCAGAUUUCCACCUUUGCUAUUUUAGUGCCUUGUGUUGUUCUUGACACUCCCUACAGUGUUACGAAAUUCCAAAACAGAUUGAUCUGGCUAAUUUCAGCCUAUACCCAAGAAAGUCAGUGUACAACAAUUGUUAAUCUGGCAGUGCUGUCCUGUAAGAUUACAUAAGACCGGGAAUUUAAAGCUUUAUUUUUUAGUCUAAAAUAAAAGUGCAGUGAGAAAAUGUCCUAAAUAUAAUACCUACAUUUCUCAAUAUGGUAAUCUUAAUGCU